AUGGACGUGGUCGUGGACGUGGACGUGGACGUGGACGCGGACGUGGACGCGGACGUGGACGUGGACGCGGACGUGGACGCGGACGCGGACGUGGACGUGGACGCGGACGCGGACGUGGACGUGGACGCGGACGCGGACGCGGACGUGGACGUGGACGCGGACGUGGACGCGGACGUGGACAAGGACGCGGACAUGGACGUGGUUGUGGACAUGGACAUGGACCUGGACGUGGACAUGGACAUGGACGUGGACGUGGACAUGGACAUGGACAUGGACGUGGACGUGGACAUGGACGUGGACGUGGACGUGGACGCGGACGUGGACGUGGAUACGUGGACGGACGUGGACCUGGACGUGGACGUGGACGUGGACAUGGACGUGGACGUGGUCGUGGACGUGGAUGUGGUCGUGGUCGUGGACGUGGACAUGGUCGUGGACAUGGACGUGGACAUGGUCGUGGACGUGGACGUGGACGUGGACGUGGACGUGGACGUGGACGUGGACAUGGACAUGGACAUGGACGUGGACGUGGACGUGGACGUGGACAUGGACGUGGACAUGGACGUGGACGUGGACGUGGACGUGGACAUGGACGUGGACAUGGACGUGGAGGACUUGGAAGUGGACAUGGACGUGGUCGUGGACAUGGACGUGGACGAGGACGUGGACGUGGUCGUGGACGUGGACGUGGACGUGGUCGUGGACGUGGACGUGGACGUGGUCUUGGACGUGGUCGUGGACGUGGACGUGGACGUGGACGUCCACCUGGACGUGGACGUGGACGUAGACGUGGACGUGGACGUGGACGUGGACGUGGACAUGGACAUGGACAUGGACGUGGACGUGGACGUGGACGUGGACGUGGGGGUGGACGUGGACGUGGACGUCGACGUGGACGUCGACGUGGACGUGGACGUGGACGUUGACGUGGACGUGGACGUGGACGUGGACGUGGACGUGGACGUGGACGUGGACAUGGACGUGGAGGACUUGGACGUGGACAUGGACGUGGACAUGGACGUGGACAUGGACUUGGACGUGGACGUGGUCGUGGACGUGGACGUGGACGUGGACAUGGACAUGGACAUGGACGUGGACGUGGACGUGGACAUGGACAUGGACGUGGACAUGGACGUGGAGGACUUGGAAGUGGACAUGGACGUGGUCGUGGACAUGGACGUGGACGAGGACGUGGACGUGGUCGUGGACGUGGACGUGGACGUGGUCGUGGACGUGGACGUGGACGUGGUCUUGGACGUGGUCGUGGACGUGGACGUGGACGUGGACGUCCACCUGGACGUGGACGUGGACGUAGACGUGGACGUGGACGUGGACGUGGACGUGGACAUGGACAUGGACAUGGACGUGGACGUGGACGUGGACGUGGACGUGGGGGUGGACGUGGACGUGGACGUCGACGUGGACGUCGACGUGGACGUGGACGUGGACGUUGACGUGGACGUGGACGUGGACGUGGACGUGGACGUGGACGUGGACGUGGACAUGGACGUGGAGGACUUGGACGUGGACAUGGACGUGGACAUGGACGUGGACAUGGACUUGGACGUGGACGUGGACGUGGACGUGGACGUGGACCUGGACGUGGACGCGGACGCGGACGUGGACGUGGACGUGGACGCGGACCUGGACGUGGACGCGGACGCGGACGUGGACGUGGACGCGGAAGUUGACGUGGACGUGGAAGUUGACGUGGACGUGGACGUGGACGUGGACGUGGACCUGGACUUGGACGUGGACGUGGACGUGGACGUGGACGUUGACGUGGACGUGGACAUGGACGUGGACGUGGACCUGGACGUGGACGUGGACGUGGACGUGGACGUGGACGUGGUCGUGGACGUGGACGUGGACGUGGACGUGGACGUGGACGUGGACGUGGACGUGGACCUGGACGUGGACGUGGACGUGGACGUGGACGUGGACGUGGACGUGGACCUGGACGUGGACGUGGACGUGGACGUUGACGUGGACGUGGACGUGGACGUGGACGUGGACGUGGACGUGGACAGGGACGUGGACGUGGACAUGGACGUGGACGUGGACGUGGACGUGGACAUGGACGUGGACAUGGACGUGGAGGACUUGGACGUGGACAUGGACGUGGAGGACUUGGACGUGGACAUGGACGUGGUCAUGGACGUGGACGUGGACGUGGACGUGGAGGACUUGGACGUGGACGUGGACAUGGACGUGGACAUGGUCGUGGACGUGGACGUGGACGUGGACCUGGACGUGGACGUGGACGUGGACCGUGGACACUUGGACAUGGACGUGGACGUGGACGUGGACGUCGACGUGGACAUGGACGUGGACGUCGACGUCGACGUGGACGUGGACGUGGACGUGGACGUGGACAUGGACGUGGACAUGGGCGUGGAGGACUUGGACGUGGACAUGGACGUGGUCGUGGACAUGGACGUGGAGGACUUGGACGUGGACAUGGACGUGGUCGUAGACAUGGACGUGGACAUGGACAUGGACAUGGACGUAGACGUGGACAUGGACGUGGACAUGGACGCGGACGUGGACGUGGACGUGGACAUGGACAUGGACAUGGACGUGGACAUGGACGUGGACAUGGACGUGGACAUGGACGUGGACGUGGACGUGGACGUCGACGUGGACAUGGACAUGGACAUGGACGUGGACGUGGACGUGGACGCGGACGUGGACGUGGACGUGGAUGGACGCGGACGUGGAUGGAUGCGGACGUGGAUGGACGUGGACGUGGACGCGGACGUGGACGUGGACGCGGACGUGGACGCGGACGCGGAAGUGGACGGGGAUGUGGACGUGGACGGGGACGUGGACGUGGACGUGGACGUGGACGUGGACGUGGACAUGGACGUGGAUAUGGACGUGGACAUGGACGUGGACGUGGACGUGGACGUGGACAUGGACGUGGACAUGGACGUGGACGUGGACAUGGACGUGGACAUGGACGUGGACGUGGUCGUGGACGUGGACGUGGAGGACUUGGACGUGGACAUGGACGUGGACAUGGACGUGGACGUAGACGUGGACGUGGACGUGGACGUGGACGUGGACGUGGGGGACUUGGACGUAGACGUGGACGUGGUUGUGGACGUGGACGUGGACGUGGACGUGGAGGUUUUGGACGUGGACAUGGACGUGGACAUGGACGUGGACGUGGUCGUGGACAUUGACGUGGACGUGGUCGUGGACGUGGUUGUGAACGUGGACGUGGACGUGGACGUGGACGUGGACGUGGACCUGGACCUGGACGUGGACGUGGACGUGGACGUGGACAUGGACGUGGACGUGGACGUGGACGUCGACGUGGACGUGGACGUGGACGUGGACGUGGACGUGGACGUGGACGUGGACGUGGACAUGGACGUGGACGUGGACAUGGACGUGGACGUGGAGGUGGAGGACUUGGACGUGGACAUGGACGUGGUCAUGGACAUGGACGUGGACAUGGACAUGGACAUGGACAUGGACAUGGACGUGGACGUGGACAUGGACGCGGACAUGGACGCGGACGUAGACGUGGACGUGGACGUGGACAUGGACAUGGACAUGGACGUGGACAUGGACGUGGACAUGGACGUGGACGCGGACGUGGACAAGGACGUGGACGUGGACGUGGACAUGGACGUGGACGUGGACGUGGAGAUGGACGCGGACGUGGGCGUGGACGUGGACGUGGAAGCGGACGUGGACGUGGACGGGGACGUGGACGUGGACGGGGACAUGGACGUGGACGUGGAAGUGGACGUGGACGUGGACAUGGACGUGGACAUCGACGUGGACAUGGACGUGGACGUGGACGUGGACAUGGACGUGGACGUGGACAUGGACGUGGACAUGGACGUGGACGUGGUCGUGGACGUGGACGUGGUGGACUUGGACCUGGACGUGGACGUAGACGUGGACGUGGACGUGGACGUGGACGUGGAGGACUUGGACGUGGACGUGGACGUAAACGUGGACUUUGACGUGGACAUGGACGUGGUCGUGGACGUGGACAAGGACAUGGACGUGGAGGACUUGGACGUGGACAUGGACGUGGACAUGGACGUGGACGUGGUCGUGGACGUGGAUAUGAUCGUGGACGUGGACGUGGACGUGGACGUGAACGUGGACGUGGACGUGGUCGUGGUCGUAGUCGUGGUCGUGGUCGUGGACGUGGACGUGGACGUGGACGUGGACGUGGUCGUGGACGUGGACGUGGACGUGGACGUGGACCUGGUCGUGGACGUGGUCGUGGACGUGGACGUGGACGUGGACGUGGACGUGGUCGUGGAGGUGGACGUGGACGUGGACGUGGAGGUGGAGGUGGACGUGGACGUGGAGGUGGACGUGGACGUGGACGUGGAGGUGGAGGUGGAGGUGGACGUGGACGUGGACGUGGACGUGGUCAUGGACGUGGACGUGGACGUGGAGGUGGAGGUGGAGGUGGACGUGGACGUGGACGUGGUCGUGGAUGUGGACGUGGACGUGGAGGUGGAGGUGGACGUGGACGUGGAGGUGGAGGUGGACGUGGACGUGGACGUGGACGUGGAGGUGGUCGUGGAUGUGGACGUGGACGUGGACGUGGAGGUGGAGGUGGACGUGGACGUGGAGGUGGAGGUGGACGUGGACGUGGACGUGGACGUGGACAUGGACGUGGACAUGGACGUGGAGGACCUGGACGUGGACAUGGACGUGGUCGUGGACGUGGAUGUGGACGUGGAGGACUUGGACGUGGACAUGGACGUGGACAUGGACGUGGACGUGGUCGUGGACGUGGAUAUGGUCGUGGACGUGGACGUGGACGUGGACGUGGACGUGGACGUCGACGUCGACGUGGACAUAGACGUGGACGUGGACGUGGACAUGGACAUGGACGUGGUCGUGGUCGUGGUCGUGGUCGUGGACGUGGACGUGGACAUGGACGUGGACGUGGUCGUGGACGUGGACGUGGACGUGGACGUGGACGUGGACAUGGACGUGGACGUGGACGUGGACAUGGACAUGGACGUGGACUUGGACAUGGACGUGGACGUGGACAUGGACGUGGACGUGGACGUGGAGGACUUGGACGUGGACAUGGACGUGGUCGUGGACGUUGACGUGGACGUGGACGUGGAGGACUUGGACGUGGACAUGGACGUGGUCGUGGACGUUGACGUGGACGUGGACGUGGAGGACUUGGACGUGGAUAUGGACGUGGACAUGGACGUGGACGUGGACGUGGAGGACUUGGACGUGGACAUGGACGUGGACAUGGACGUGGACGUGGACGUGGACGUGGACGUGGACGUGGUCGUGGACGUGGACGUGGACGUGGUCGUGGUCGUGGUCGUGGACGUGGACGUGGACGUGGACGUGGUCGUGGUCGUGGACGUGGACGUGGACGUGGACGAGGACGUGGUCGUGGACGUGGACGUGGACGUGGACAUGGACAUGGUCGUGGACGUGGACGUGGACAUGGACGUGGAGGUGAACGUGGACGUGGACGUGGACAUGGACGUGGACAUGGUCGUGGACGUGGACGUGGACGUGGACGUGGACAUGGACGUGGACGUGGACGUGGACGUGGACGUGGAGGACUUGGACGUGGACAUGGACGUGGACGUGGACGUGGACGUGGACGUUGAGGUGGAGGUGGACGUGGACGUGGACGUGGACGUGGACGUGGACGUGGACGUGGACGUGGACGUGGAGGACUUGGACGUGGACAUGGACGUGGACGUGGACAUGGACGUGGACGUGGACGUGGACGUGGACGUGGACAUGGACGUGGACGUGGAGGUGGACGUGGACGUGGAGGUGGACGUGGACGUGGAGGUGGACGUGGACGUGGACGUGGACGUGGACGUGGACGUGGACAUGGACGUGGAGGACUUGGACGUGGACAUGGACGUGGACGUGGACGUGGACGUGGACGUGGACGUGGUCGUGGACGUGGACUUGGACGUGGACGUGGACGUGGACUUGGACGUGGGCGUGGACGUGGACGUGGACGUGGACUUGGACGUGGACGUGGACGUGGACGUGGACGUGGUCGUGGACGUGGACGUGGACGUGGUCGUAGACGUGGACGUGGACGAGGUCGUGGACGUGGACGUGGUCGUGGACGUGGACGUGGAGGACGUGGACGUGGACCUGGACGUGGACGUGGACGUGGACGUGGUCGUGAACGUGGUUGUGGAUGUGGUCGUGGAUGUGGACGUGGACGUGGUCGUGGACAUGGACGUGGACAUGGACAUGGACGUGGUCGUGGACGUGGACAUGGACGUGGUCGUGGACUUGGACGUGGACGUGGACGUGGAUGUGGUCGUGGAUGUGGACGUGGACGUGGUCGUGGACGUGGACGUGGACGUGGACAUGGACGUGGACGUGGAGGACGUGGACGCGGACGUGGACGUGGUCGUGGACGUGGUCGUGGACGUGGUUGUGGACGUGGUCGUGGACAUGGACGUGGACCUGGACGUGGACGUGGACGUGGAGGUGGAGGUGGAGGUGGACGUGGACGUGGACGUGGACGUGGACGUGGACAUGGACGUGGACGUGGACGUGGACGUGUACGUGGACCUGGACGUGGACGUGGACGUGGACGUGGACAUGGACGUGGUCGUGGACGUGGACGUGGACGUGGACUUGGACGUGGACGUGGACGUGGACUUGGACGUGGUCGUGGACGUGGACGUGGACGUGGACGUGGACUUGGACGUGGACGUGGACGUGGACGUGAACGUGGACGUGGUCAUGGACGUGGACGUGGACGUGGUCGUGGACGUGGACGUGGACGAGGUCGUGGACGUGGACGUGGUCGUGGACGUGGACGUGGACGUGGACGUGGAGGACGUGGACGUGGACCUGGACGUGGACGUGGACGUGGACGUGGUCGUGGACCUGGUCGUGGAUGUGGUCGUGGAUGUGGACGUGGACGUGGUUGUGGACAUGGACGUGGACGUGGACAUGGGCGUGGUCGUGGACGUGGACGUGGACGUGGAUGUGGACUUGGACGUGGACGUGGACGUGGAUGUGGUCGUGGAUGUGGACGUGGAUGUGGUCGUGGACGUAGACGUGGACGUGGACGUGGACGAGGUCGUGGUCGUGGACGUGGACGUGGACGUGGACUUGGACGUGGACGUGGACGAGGUCUUGGACGUGGACGUGGUCGUGGACGUGGAUGUGGUCGUGGACGUGGAUGUGGACGUGGACCUGGACGUGGACGUGGACGUGGACCUGGACGUGGACCUGGACGUGGACGUGGACGUGGUCGUGGACGUGGUCGUGGAUGUGGACGUGGAUGUGGACGUGGACGUGGACGUGGACGUGGACGUGGUCGUGGACGUGGGCGUGGACGUGGACGUGGACCUGGACGUGGACGUGGACAUGGACGUGGACGUGGACGUGGACAUGGACGUGGACAUAAACGUGAACGUGGACGUGGAUGUGAACGUGGACGUGGACAUGGACGUGGACGUGGACGUGGACGUGGACGUGGACGUGGACGUGGACUUGGACGUGGACGUGGACUUGGACGUGGACGUGGACGUGGAUGUGGACGUGGACGUGGACGUGGACGUGGACAUGGACGAGGUCGUGGACGUGGACGUGGUCGUGGACGUGGACGUGGACGUGGAAGACGUGGACGUGGACGUGGACGUGGACUUGGACGUGGACGUGGACGUGGUCGUGGACGUGGACGUGGACGUGGUCGUGGACGUGGAGGACGUGGACGUGGACGUGGAGGCGGACGUGGACUUGGACGUGGACGUGGACGUGGACGUGGAGGACGUGGACGUGGACGUGGACUUGGACGUGGACAAGGUCGUGGACGUGGACGUGGAGGUGGACGUGGACUUGGACGUGGACGUGGACGUGGACGUGGAGGACGUGGACUUGGACGUGGAGGACGUGGACGUGGACGUGGACUUGGACGUGGUCGUGGACGUGGAGGACGUGGACGUGGUUGUGGACGUGGACGUGGACAUUGACGUGGACGCAGACGUGGUCGUGGACGUGAACGUGGACGUGGACGUGGUCGUGGACGUGAACGUGGACGUGGACUUGGACGUGGACAUGGACGUGGACGUGGACCUGGACGUGGACUUGGACUUGGACGUGGACGUGGACGUGGCCGUGGUCGUGGACGUGGACGUGGUCGUGGACGUGGACGUGGACGUGGACCUGGACUUGGACCUGGACAUGGACUUGGACGUGGACGUGGACGUGGUCGUGGACGUGGUCGUGGACGUGGUCGUGGACGUGGUCGUGGACGGGGACGCGGACGUGGUCGUGGACGUGGACGCGGACGUGGUCGUGGACGUGGACAUGGACGUGGACCUGGACGUGGACGUGGACUUGGACCUGGACGCGGACUUGGACUUGGACGUGGACGCGGACUUGGACGUGGACGUGGACGCGGACGUGGACGUGGACUUGGACUUGGACGUGGACGUGGACUUGGACUUGGACGUGGACGUGGACGUGGACGUGGUCGUGGACGUGGACGUGGACGUGGUCGUGGACGUGGACGUGGACCUGGACGUGGACGUGGUCGACGUGGACGUGGACGUGGAGGACGUGGACGAGGACGUGGAGGACGUGGACUUGGACGUGGACGCGGACUUGGACGUGGACGUGGACGCGGACGUGGACGUGGACUUGGACGUGGACGUGGACGUGGACGUGGUCGUGGGCGUGGACGUGGACGUGGACGUGGUCGUGGACGUGGACGUGGACGAGGACGUGGACGUGGACGUGGACGUGGAGGACGUGGACGUGGACGUGGACCUGGACGUGGACGUAGACUUGGACGUGGACGUGGACGUGGUCGUGGACGUGGUCGUGGACGUGGUCGUGGACGUGGACGUGGACGUGGACCUGGACUUCGACGUGGACGUGGACGUGGACGUGGUCGUGGACGUGGACGUGGAGGUGGACGUGGACGUGGAUAUGGACGUGGUCGUGGACGUGGUCGUGGACGUGGACGUGGUCGUGGACGUGGACGUGGACGUGGACCUGGACGUGGAGGACGUGGACGUGGACGUGGAGGACGUGGACGUGGACCUGGACCUGGUCGUGGACGUGGACGUGGACGUCGACGUGGACGUGGAGGACGUGGACGUGGACGUGGACGUGGAUGUGGACCUGGACGUGGAUGUGGACGUGGAUGUGGACCUGGACGUGGACGUGGUCGUGGACGGGGACGUGGUUGUGGUCGUGGACGUGGACGCGGACGUGGUCGUGGACGUGGACGAGGUCGUGGACGUGGACGUGGACCUGGACGUGGACGUGGACUUGGACGUGGACGCGGACGUGGACGUGGACGCGGACGUGGACGUGGACGCGGACGUGGACGCGGACGUGGACGUGGACGUGGACGCGGACUUGGACGUGGACGUGGACGUGGACGUGGUCGUGGACGUGGACGUGGACGUGGUCGUGGACGUGGACAUGGGCUUGGACCUGGACAUGGACUUGGACGUGGACGUGGACGUGGUCGUGGACGUGGACGCGGACGUGGACGUUGACGUGGAUGUGGACGUGGACGUGGACGUGGACAUGGACGUGGACGUGGACAUGGACGUGGUCGUGGACGUGGACGUGGACGUGGACUUGGACGUGGACGUGGACGUGGUCGUGGACGUAGACAUGGACGUGGACGUGGACGUGGUCGUGGACGUGGACGUGGAGGACGUGGACGUGGACGUGGACGUGGACGUGGACCUGGACGUGGACCUGGACGUGGACGUGGACGUGGUCGUGGACGUGGUCGUGGAUGUGGACGUGGAUGUGGACGUGGACGUGGACGUGGACGUGGUUGUGGACGUGGACGUGGACGUGGACUUGGACGACCACGUCCACGUCCACGUCAUCCACGUCCACGUCCACGUCCUCCACGUCCACGUCCACGUCCACGUCCAAGCCUACGUCCACGACCACGUCCACGUCCACGUCUAG